AUGAAACCAAAGGACAACGUCGUUUUACCUAAACGACAAUGUUAUAUUGUUUCUGCAGUUUUACAUGAACAUCCCCUGAAGCCUAAGCCCCUAAUCGCAUUUUCAAUGCAGGCAAUCAAAUCACUCUCCCGUCCUUGGGCCUAUGAGCUCCACAGGCGGUUUCUUGCAGACACAACCAAACCCUUUCUCUUUCUCUUUCUCUUCUACCAUUCUUUUUCUUCAUCCACUGAAGCAAAAACUAACUCCUCCUCCUUCAGCGAUUUCCUAAUCAACAACUUCAAAAUCUCCAAAGCCCAAGCCCUCUCUAUCUCCACCCGGUUUCAUCGCGUCACAUCCCAUGAGAAACCCCAAUCCGUGCUUCUCUUCCUCCAAAAUCUCGGAUUCUCCGAGACCCACAUUCGGUCCGCGGUCCGUGUUUCCCCCCAAAUACUCUUCUGUGAUAUCGACAAGAUACUCAAACCCAAGAUCAAGUUUUUUCAGGAUCUGGGUCUUGUGGGUUCUGAACUGAGCAACUUUAUUUCCAAGAAUUCCCCGGUCUUGACUGUCAGUUUGGAGAGAAGAUUGGUACCCUGCGUUGAAAUUCUCAAGAAAAUCUUGUGCAAAAAUGAGAAUAACCAGGACCUUUUUCGGGUUCUGAGGCGGUGCAGUGGGUUGGUGAGGGGAAACCCUGAAUCUAGGUUGGUGGGCAACAUUGCUUUCUUGAAGAGUUGUGGGAUUGUUGGGUCUCAGCUCUCGAUGCUUUUGACUAGGCAGCCUUGGCUUUUUAAUAUGCAGCAAUCCAAACUUAGAGAUCUUGUUUCUCGGGUUUUAGACAUGGGGUUUUCUGUGAAUUCGAGGAUGUUGGUUUAUGGGCUUUACACGGUUAGUUGCAUGAGCAAUGAUACUUUCAUGAGGAAAUUGGAAUUGUUUCGGAUUUCCGGGUUUUCUUCGGAUGAAUGUAUGGAAAUGUUUCGAAAGCAACCUGCUUUGCUUAGGGCCUCUGAGCAGAAGUUGAAGCUUGGAAUUGAGUUCUUCAUGAAUACCAUUAAGUUGGAAAAGUCGGUGUUAGUUCGUUUGCCUGUGUCUUUAAUGUAUAACUUGGAUGAAAGAGUGAUUCCGCGGUACAUGGUUUUGCAGAUUUUGAAGUCCAAAAGUUUGCUGAAGAGUGAGCUAAGUUUUGUUCAUACCUUGAAUAUAACAGAGGAGAAAUUCUUGGAGAAGUUCAUAGUGAAGUUUAGCGAUCAUGCAGAGGAAUUGUUAGUAGCUUACAAGGGUCAUUUACUGGAUUCUUCUUCUGGAGAUGAAGCUUAA